GCACGAGAGAGGUAAAGGAAAGAGAGAGAGAGAGAGAGAGAGAGAGAGAGAGGAACUCCCUGCGUCUGGGAUAACUUAGUCAAACACACACAGAGUUUUUCCUCCGUUCAUUCAUCACAUUCAGACUUUUCUUCUUGUUUUUUCUUUGCUGGUUUUGUGGCGACGCCUCCACAGUCCUCAGCCAUCUGUCCCUGACAUAAACGAUAAGGAUUACUCAUUUUCUCUUCGUCCUCCUCGUCUUCUCUUGCAGAUUUUUUUCCCUCCGUUUCGCAGGUGGACUGAGAGCUGAACUUCUAAACUUCACAGAGCGAGAGACAAAGACACAGAGAGAGAGAGCGAGAGAGAGGAGGACGGAGACUUUAAAACAAAAAGGACACUUCCACUUCUUCUGUCCAGGACUUUUUUUUUCCCUCUCUUCGUCUUCAUCAGCAGCUCAGAUCAGCAUGGUCAUGUCUCCUCUGCUCAGCUGGACCGUCCCGGUCCAUGUCCCGGUGCUGGUCCUGGUUGUGGUUCUGCUGCACGGCUGCAGCUCGUCCCCAGACACCCUGUCCAAAUCUCUGACCGCACAUCCUCACCUCCAGCAGCUGCCGCCGGACGACGCGUCCUCAUCCCACUGUCCAUCCUGCGCUCUGGCCAGGAUGAGGAGGAAUGAGGGAGGUGUGGCGGCGGUGGAGGAGCGCGAGGAGGAGGCAGCGGCGCAGCAGGACGUGGUGGAGGCAGUGAAGAGACACAUCCUCAACAUGCUGCACCUGCGGGCGAGACCCAACAUCACCCGACCCGUGCCACGCGCCGCGCUCCUCAAUGCCCUGCGCAAGCUCCACGUGGGGCGAGUGGCAGAGGACGGCAGCGUGCAGAUCGAGGGGGAGGAGGAGCCUCGUGGGCGAGGAGGUCGGGCGGGAGGGGGAGGAGCUGCGGCGGCUGCACUGGCGGCAGCUCGGACGGGAGACGACGAUGGCGACGCUCAGGAGACAACAGAGAUUAUCACCUUUGCUGAGGCUGGUGAGUCUCAGGGUGUGGUGGACUUUGUCCUCUCUAAAGAUGGCAGUGACGUGUCUUUGGUGGAGCAGGCUAACGUCUGGAUGUUUCUACGUUUGGCCAAAACCAACCGCAGCCGAGCCAAAGUCACCAUCCGCCUGUUCCAGCAGCGCUGGCUUCCCAGCGGACGCUCGUCUCCGCUGCAGGACGACGUCCUCCUGGCGGAGAAGGCAGUGGACACGCGUCGCAGCGGCUGGCACACGUUCCCGGUAUCAGCGGCCGUGCAGGCGCUGCUGCAGAGCACCAACGGCUCCGUGCUGAGCCUCAGAGUGUCCUGUCCGCUCUGCGCAGAUGCCGGUGCCACGCUCAUCCUGGUAUCCAGCACCGCCAACGCAUCACAGCGUGUCAUCCAGCGCGAGCAAUCGCACCGGCCAUUCCUCAUGGUCGUGGUGCGGCAGGGGGACGGCGGCGACGCGCGGAGGCGUACUAAGCGAGGGCUGGAGUGCGACGGCAAAGUUCGUGUCUGCUGCAAGCGACAGUUCUACGUUAACUUCAAGGACAUCGGCUGGAACGACUGGAUCAUCGCACCAUCCGGUUACCACGCCAACUACUGCGAGGGUGAGUGUCCCUCCCACGUGACAAGCAUCACUGGGUCCACGCUGUCCUUCCACUCCACUGUCAUCAGCCACUACCGCCUGAGGGGCUACAGUCCUUUCCAGAACCUGCGCUCGUGCUGCGUCCCCACGCGACUACGAGCCAUGUCCAUGCUCUACUACAACGAGGAGCAGAAGAUCAUCAAGAAGGACAUUCAGAACAUGAUCGUGGAGGAGUGCGGCUGCUCAUAAACACCGCAACCUGGACCGGACCGGAGAGGACCGGUGGACCCGUGGUUCUGCUACUCUCUGGAACAAGAACUCUUCUCUGGACUCAGAGUCUCCACAGCACUUUCAGAAAAAUACAAAAAAAAAGAAUAUCUAAUAUAUUUUUGUUAUAGACGGAGGGGGUGGGGGAGACGUUCAAGCACCGCUCGACCAAUCGGAGCGCAGAGAGACGUGUGCCUGAAAAAAAAAACUACACAAAAUCUCAAAACUAUGCAACUUGUUUCACGUUUUUAUCGUUACCACGGUUUUUAUUUGACUUGUUUAUAUUUAAAAAAAUGUUACAGGAAGAAAAAAGAAG